UCAGAUGGAGCGCACGUCUCUGGUCCCCAGUUAAAAGUAACAAGUAAAAACUAGUGCUGUGUCCAGUUUCGCGAUUCCAGAACAGAACAGAAAAAAAUCGGGGAAAUGUAAAUAAACCCCGACAAAAAGUCUCCAAAUUCGAAAGCUCAGCUAAACGUGUGGGCAAAAGUGCGAUCGCGAGUCGGCAACUUUUCAUUUUGUUUUCAUUUGUGUUAAGAAUGUUUUUAUUUUUUUGGGUUUUUUAUUAAGCUCGAUUUCUUGUAAUACCUAAAAGUGUCACAUAUACACAUAAACUCUCUGCAUGUUCACUGCUAAUUUAUUGGCAAACAAACACGUCUAAGUGCGAAAGUUAUUUCUAAAAAAACAGCAACAUCGCUACGAGGUGCAGUUAAGAAGCACUUGCCGUUGUCAUGCCUCAUCAUCAUCAUCAGCCGACGAGCAGCCAAAACAAUUUGACAUUUCUAAAAUCGAAUUACAAAUUCAAGCGUAGAGAGAUGCCGGCAAUUCGCGCACUUCCUGCGAGAUCGACGACAGCGGAAGCGCGUACACCGAACCAAUUAGCGGCAACAAUGUCAAAGACGUCAGCAGCAACACAAUUGGCAAGAGCCACUAGCCGCGAAUGUAGAACAAUUCUAAGUUUAUUUAUAGUAAGCGCAUGGAGCGUUUUGCAAGAGUUGGCACGUGAACAACAACAGCAACACCAUCAGCAGCAGCAGCAGCAACACCAGCAACACGAUCACUUGGCCAGUUCUAGUCCAAUGAAGAGCACACGCUCCACGAGAGCAACACCAAAAGGCACAGCAGCAACACCAGGAGCAGCAGCAACUUCUGGCCAUCAUUUGGCUGGACAGCCUUUGAUGGCUCUGUUAAUUGGAUUGCUGCUACUAAAUUUUCGUCUGGCGGCGGCUGGCACCUGUUGGCAGACGCACCUAGGCAGCGGGAAGUGCGGACAGGUCUUCUCGACGAACAUCUCGAGGUCGGAGUGUUGUGGCGCCAGUCAGAGCUUUUCCUACACGGAUCGGGAGUUGAGCAGCGUGGAGUACUUCUUUGCAACGGCCAUUGGCGGCGGAGUGGAGUGCUCGCCCUGCAUGGAGAGCUGCAAGGGCUUCAAGUGCGGACCCAAUAAAAAGUGCGUGAAGCGCAAAGGUCGGCCCAAGUGCGUUUGUGCCCCCGAAUGUGGAGCAGCCUUGCGGCGCAGGACACAGAAGCAGCUGGAACAGGACAUGCCGCGAGAGUCCCGUAGUCUAAGUAGCGAAAAUUCCAACUUCAAUUUAGAAUUAGACGGCGGCAACCAACGCCAACAUGCUGAUAACCAAAGAAAGCUGCAGCUGGAGAGCGAGUCGAAGCACCGGAGACUUUUGAUCAUAGACAGCAGCAAUUUGCCAGAUCAGCCCACAAAUGCUAAUGUCGGUAGACGUGGCCGUGUGGAGAUGAGGGGCUAUGAGAGGCGCAGGCACAGAAACAGCCAUGGCAAACACUUAACAAGAUCAAUGACGACAGGAGCAGCAGACAAGACGCCCAGGCAGUCGCCUGCCGCAGAUGCAGAUGCAGAUGCAGACGCAGACCCAGACUCAAUCUCGGCUCAGUCUAGACUUGGCAACUUGGGAAAUGCUAAUGAACCCGCCAACGACAUUAAUAGACAGUCGGCCCGAGUCAGACACCAGCAUGCCAGACGCAUCGAGUAUGCUCCAAAUCCAGACAAUGGGUUGGGGAAAAGGCAACAGCAGCAGAAGCUGCAUCAGGAUCGGAUGGAUACAGAAGCCCAGUCAGCAAAUACCACAAUGUCUGGGUCUGGGCCGUCGAAUCCGAAUGCGAAUCCAAAUCCGAACCAUCGUCGAAUCUUUCAGUUGCAACGCGGAAGUGAAACGGCUGCGUCAUCGGGCCUCGCUAAUGCCCAUGACUUGGCUCUUCUGGGCGGAAUCGGAAUCGGAAUCUACGAGCCCCUGCCGCUGCAGCAGCAGCAGCACUCGAAUCCGGUUUGCGGCUCCGACGGACGCACCUACAACACCGAGUGCCAGCUGCGCAAGCGCGCCUGUCGCACCAACAACGCCCAACUGGAGGUCGCCUAUCGGGGCCAGUGCAAGAACAGCUGCAGUGGAGUCCAGUGCCUGAAUGGGCUGACCUGCGUGGAGGACCAGUACAUGAUGCCGCACUGCAUCACCUGCCGGAUCGAGUGUCCCCGGAACGACCUGGAUGUGGGUGCCAGUGAGGCCGUGUGCGGAGUGGACGGGAAGACAUAUAGGAGCGCCUGUGAUAUAAAUCGAAUGAUUUGCAAAAUUGGACGUUCCAUCGCCGUGGCAUAUCCGGGUCCCUGUCGAGCGGGCCGCGUGAGCUGUGCGGACAUCAAGUGUGGGCCGAAGGAUAACUGCCUGGUGGAUCUGCAGACGCUCCAGCCGCGAUGCGUGUCCUGUCGCUACAAGUGUCCGAGGAAACAGCAGCGACCGCAGGUACACAAAAUAUGCGGCUACAACAACCAUACAUACAACUCGUGGUGCGAGAUGCACAAGCACUCCUGCGACUCCCGGUACUUCAUUGGCGUCAAGUCCCAGGGGAGCUGCUAGAGGAUUGAGGGCAUCUCC